UCGGCGUCUUGUCAAGAACCCAGCUCAGGCUAGGCCCCUUGUAUAAUCGUACAUGAAAUAUGAAACGACUCAACCCCACCGUGAAAACGUACCCGUAAUCCACUUGAUACUUGAUUACUUCUAUCGCAUUAAAACCCACAGCGCUUCGUCGCAGAAAAAAUGAAGGGAGGAGGGGGAGGAGGAGGAGGAGGAGGAGCAGCAGGAGCAGGAGCAGGAGCAGGAGCAGGAGUAGGUGGAGCAGGGAAGAGGAAGAAUCAAGCGGGAAACGACGCCGUGGAAGCGAGCAUUGGAGGGGAGAACGAGAAGCGAGUUAUGGGUAUCGAUUCCAACGGCGAUACCGAUAAUCAGUCGCUUCUUCUUGACGUUGAUGACGAUCAGCGUAAAGGGUAUGGGGAGGAAGGAAGUGGGCAUAAAGGAAAAGAAGUGGAUAUGAACGUAGAGGAAGAGGAUGAGGAGGAGUUGGAAGAAGAAGGAGAGGAAGGAGAGGGGAAGGAAAGUGAAGAUGAGGUUGAAGAAGAAGAAAGGCCAAAGCUUGCUGAGGGGUUUUAUGAAAUUGAAGCCAUUCGCCGUAGAAGGGUUAGAAAGGGUGCCGUUCAGUAUCUCAUUAAAUGGCGUGGAUGGCCUGAAGCAGCCAACACUUGGGAGCCAUUAGAGAAUCUUCAGACUUGUACUGAUGUUAUUGAUGCAUUUGAGGACAGCUUGAAACUUGGAAAGCAUGGUCGAAAACGCAAACGCAAGCAUGGGGGUCCUCACUCUCAGCCUAAGAAGAAGCAGCCACGAUCUUCUGUGUCAGCAUACAAGAGACUAGGCACUGGAAUAGAUCAUCUUCUGCCUUCUGUUCCUCUUAGCAACUUGUUUCCUAGUGAUACUCCUGCCCAGACUCAAUUUAUGGGGUCCACUUCUGAAGGAGGGAACAAUGGAAAUCAACUGAUUUUGGUUGACGAAAAUGGGACUACUAAUGUCCCAAAACAAACUGAUGAGAGAAAAGAAGAAAAUGAAUAUGAUCCCAAACUUAGUGAACUUAGAGGAACAUUAUCCAACAAUGAGGUCAAUGUGGAUAAACUUGCAAUACAUUUCCAUGAAGGCAAUGCAUCUGUAGGUGAUGGACCUGCAAACGGGCUUCCCAAGGUCAAUCAUGUGGAAGCUGUUCAGAGGAAUCGCUGCACAGGAGCUAAGAGAAGAAAGUCUGGUUCUGUGAAGAGGUUUAAACAAGAUAUGUCCUCAUUUGAGCCUCUUCCCUCACAGAAUCCAACAUCAAAUUUUACUUUAGGCUCUGGUGGAAGAGUUGCAAGGCUGGGUCUUGAAAGUCCUGGUUCAACAGGGAAUAAUUCAAGCCAAAAUGUCAAGAUUGAUGAUUUAUAUAUCACAGAGAUCCUAAAGCCAAUUGGCUUUUCAUGCUCAGUAACUGAAAAUAUUCAAGAUGUUGUGGUAACCUUUUUAGCAUUGAGGUCUGAUGGCAAAGAAGUGAUGAUUGACAACAAAUUUCUCAAGACCAGCUAUCCGAAUCUGUUGAUCGACUUCUAUGAGCAACAUCUCAAGUACAGCCCUACAUCUUAAUUGGAGUGAGAUACAGGGAUAGGAUGUGGGUGUAGUUCUUAUCCAUACAGUCUUUUCUUUUCUUUUGUACACAGUGUCGUAAUUCCGUAGUUUCAGAAGGUAGUGCAGAUCCAGGAUAACAGAUAUGCUGGCUUGGCGGGAUAUGGCCAGACUCAGUGAUGUAAUUAGCCCUCUCUUGCCCAUGUUAAGAUAAAUUUAAUUUUCCUGCCUCCCAUUUGUGUGUGGUUUUUCUCUGAAGGAUGGGGAGGUGGGACUGCAAACAUCUUGUCCAGAAAUCAGAAAGCACAGAAUUUUUACAUGCAAACCUUUCUGUGACCUUUUAAUCUUCAACUUUCUCUA